UUGGAUGUUUUGUUGAACUUUUCUUUUAGGGGGAGGGGGGGUGUCUUUGUGAGUUAUGGGGGGUGGGGGUCUGUAUGUUCUUGUCCUCUUGGGUCUCUUUGUGGUUGCAACUGAAAGGAACAAGGCUGUUGGGGCUGGCUGCUGGGUAAAGAGCAACAAUAGAACCAUCCACCCUCAACAAUGCCCAGCAGAGUUUCCGGAUGCAGACCCCAGGUUUUGCUGCCGCCUUUGCUAUGGUGCCAACUGCUGCAUGCCCAGAAGGCCCCGGGUGAACCAAGACAAGUGUCCCCCUAUGGCCCGGCUGUAUUGGCCUAUCCGAGAUCGCAGAGCAGCCCCUAAUCCGGAGAUUACACCUAUCCAGCGCUGGGACUGGGACAUUUUCUGUUACGUUGCCAUCCUCACUGGACUUUCAGUUAUAGUUGUCGUCUUGGUAACCGUCAGGUGCUACCUACAUUGCAAAAGGUGUUGGAAAUUCUGCCGGAAAUUCUGCCACAGAGAGGAACAGAUCCGAGGCAGCGGCGAUGUCCGGUCUUCCAGCAUCAUUUUUCGGCGCGCUCAAAGGUUCAGCAAUCUCCCUGACCUCCUCCUUCGACCCUACGUUCCACUUUGGGAAGCCCAACCACCAUACUCUCUGGAAGACCCCCGAAGGACCCACAACUCGCCACCCCCAUAUCCUGGACAAUCUGCAGAAGACCCUCAAGGAAUCCGUAACUUGCCACUGCCAUAUUCUAAAGGACCUGUGGUGGCAUUCCACCAUUCAAGAUCUCAAGCACAAGAUGAUACGGUGGUCCUCUUCCCUGUGCUGGUGGCCCCACCAGAGGCAGCUGCAUCUGGUGGUGUCCCAAAGGAGGUGUCCGCGACUGGCGGUGCCCCAGACAAGGUGGACAAGCUGGAGGCGGCUGCAACUGGCACUGCCCGGAAGGAGGUGGACUGGCCAGAGGCGGCUGCAACUGGCACUGUCUGGGAGAAGGUGGACUGGCCAGAGGCAGCUGCAACUGGCACUGUCCGGGAGAAGGUGGACUGGCCAGGGGCGGCUGCAACUGGCACUGUCCGGGAGAAGGUGGACUGGCCAGGGGCGGCUGCAACUGGCACUGUCCGGGAGAAGGUGGACUGGCCAGAGGCGGCUGCAACUGGCACUGUCCGGGAGAAGGUGGACUGGCCAGAAGCGGCUGCAACUGGCACUGUCCGGGAGAAGGUGGACUGGCCAGAGGCGGCUGCAACUGGCACUGUCCGGGAGAAGGUGGACUGGCCAGGGGUGGCUGCAACUGGCACUGUCCGGGAGAAGGUGGACUGGCCAGGGGCAGCUGCAACUGGCACUGUCUGGGAGAAGGUGGACUGGCCAGAGGCGGCUGCAACUGGCACUGCCCGGGAGAAGGUGGACUGGCCAGAGGCGGCUGCAACUGGCACUGCCCGGGAGAAGGUGGACUGGCCAGAGGCGGCUGCAACUGGCACUGUCCGGGAGAAGGUGGACUGGCCAGAGGCGGCUGCAACUGGCACUGUCCGGGAGAAGGUGGACUGGCCAGGGGCGGCUGCUUCUGGCGGUGCCCCGGAUGCAGACCUCCUGGAGGUGGCUGUUUCUGGUGGUGCCCCCAAACCUCCUGAAUGAUCAGGAUGCCAGUAGCCAAUUUGCAGACCUGCUAUUAAUAGAGAGGCUGGGAAUCCUGCCCGCUGCAUAACUGUGGCUUGCUUUUAGGGUCAAGAAAAUAGAGUCAUCACUGAUGCUUCUUUUAGGGUUUAAGGCUUUUUUCCAUGAUUCUGCUUUUAGGCUUAAGGGUCUUUGUUUUUUUCCCAUGAUCAUGCUUUUUAAAACUUUGUAUUAAUUAGGCUUUUAUCCACACUUGUGUUUUAGUACUUUGCUUGCCCAGUGUUGUUUUUCUCCUUGCAAAUCGUUUACUGUGACAAGGGUGAAUGAAGAGGUGUCUUAACGUUCCCAUCAAUGUCACAGCUCUGAGGAGCUGAUCUUGGAGACGGAAGCUCCAUUCCACCUGGGCAUCACUGCAGCUGCCUGUAUCUUAAGGGUGCAGAAUUCAAAUGGUGUGUGUGUGUUGGGGUGGGGGUCCAUGUCAGCUCUGCCCUCUUGCGUUUUGUGUUUCCUUUGCAAGGAAACAAGCUGGCUUGGGUGACCCUGAGCCAGCCAGGUUGCGUCUGGUGACGUCACAGAAUGUUCAGGAUUGCUUUGCCCAAAGGUCACAUGCUCAGUGAAUGCUUCUGUGUCUCCGAAAGGAAAUUUGGUGCAAGGGCUCUGCCUCUAAAGGGGAACCACGUCUACAUGGAACUAUUUUGUGUUCAGUACACGGGGGUGGUGGUGGGAAUGGAACAAAUAAGAGGGUGGUUUUGUUUUCUUCAGAGUGUUGUUGGGUCCUAAUCCUUCCUCUUUAUGGGCAGAGCUGCUUCUGUGCACAGUUCAAGUGGCAUCACUGGGGAGUCUUGUGUCAUCCAAAGGCUGAUGGACCUGCAAUUUUAAAAAGAUAUCCUGGGCAAGAAAAGGUAUUGUUGGACUACCCUAUGGGUCAAGCCCUGAUGUGCUACCUCUCAAGGGAUCGGGCUUUUGGGGUGGCUUGCCUGGGAAGAAUUAUUUUUGUGAACACGAACAUGAGCAUGAACAUCUCUCCCGCCCCAUGAGCUGGGGAUGCUUGCAGAGCUGCCGCUGGGCAGUCAGCCCCUUGGCACGCUGAGAAGGAUUUCUCCAACUUGGGCAUUAUAGGAACCUGCCGGUGUAUUAAUGUUGACAAGAUCAAGUGGACACUCCACAAUGUCUGUCCCUUGAAUGGAAUGUUUUUUGAAUUGUCUGUUCUCAAAUUGUCUUGUUUGUUCUGUAACUGUCUGAACCAAAUUAUCAAUAAAAAUCUUGUGGUUUGUCGUCUUCUUUA